UUCUAGAGAGAGAAAGAAAGAAGAUGGAAAAGGAAACAAUAGAAUACAGUAUUACGAAAUCGAGCAAAGAUAGAGUAGUAUGUUGCAUUGGAGACAUCCAUGGAUACAUAACAAAGCUUCAAAACCUCUGGUUCAAUCUCCAAACCCUAAUCAAAUCUCCCGAUUUCGACACCGCUCUCAUCAUCUUCCUCGGUGAUUAUUGCGAUCGAGGUCCCGAUACUCGUCAAGUCAUCGAUUUCCUAAUCUCCCUCCCUUCCAAAUAUCCUAAUCAAUCCCAUGUCUUCCUCUGCGGUAACCAUGACCUCGCUUUCGCCGCUUUCCUUGGUGUUCUCCCCCCGCCGCCAGAUGGGUCUCAAUUCUCAGAGACGUGGGCGGCGUAUGCCUCGAACGAGGACAGAGAAGGUUGGUAUAGAGAUGAGGGUUAUGAGAAUAUGCAUUUGCAGGGAAGGAGAUGGGCUGGGAAGAUUAAGACUAAAAUCAACCUUGUUAAGAAAACUGUAUAUCUGGGUUCCAUUUAUGAUGCAGGGACUACAUUUGAAUCUUAUGGAGUUCCUCAUGGAUCUGCUGAUUUGAUCAAGGCUGUUCCUGAGACACACAAGAAGUUUCUUGCUGAUCUUGUUUGGAUCCAUGAAGAGGAUGAUGUAGGUAUAGAAACCGAGGAAGGAACAAUAAAGCAUUGUAAACUGAUCGCUGUGCACGCUGGCUUGGAGGACGGGAAAGGCGUUGAGGAGCAGUUGACACUUUUGAAAGCUAGAGACACUAGUGUGCCCAAAGUUGAAGCUCUAAGUGGGAGGAAAAGUGUUUGGGAUACUCCAAAGGAACUAACUGAGAAGCUGCAAACCAUAGUCGUAAGUGGUCACCAUGGGAAACUUUAUAUCGACGGGCUCAGACUUAUCAUCGAUGAAAGUGGUGGGCUGCCUGAUAAUCCAAUAGCCGCUAUUGUGCUACCAUCCAAGAAAAUUGUUCGAGAUAUUGAUACUGAUCUAUUUGGGAAGAAUUAGUUCAUUUUGUUUGAAGGUUUGACAGGUUUACCCUGUUUUAUUUUUAAAUCUAAUCUUAUAAACAUGAAUAAGAAAUCUGAUUUAUUGCAAUAUAUACAUACAUUCAUGUAUUAUCUAUUUUUGUAACC